AUGGGAGCGGUAGUGAAAGGCUACUUUAGCCACGGUGAUCUGAGGCGGGAAAGAGAACAUUUGCGCUCAGAUUUGAAUGAUAGGAAGGAGAUGGCUAUGCAAAAAUCUAUAGGGGAGAGCUCUAAGGCGAGGAAUAUCAUAUGCAAAGACCCUGAGUCAAGAAGCAACUUGGAACCAUAUCCCAAUGCAGAGACCAUGCGGUGUUCCAUCAGGCGCUACUUCAUAACCUCACUGGGCAUCAUAUUCCUGUGGUUUUUCAUCACUUUGAGAGUCCCCAGCAAGAUGGAAGAUAACAAAAAAGUGAUGGCUAUCAAACACCAAGUAGCAACUCUUGCUGUCACAUGGCUGACAGUGGGGAUCUCUUCCAUACAACGACCAGACAGAAGCAGCCUCUCAAACACACUGAUCUCCCUGUUCCGUGCUUCCUCUAGAGCUGAGAAGAAACAUUUCACAGUUCUGGUCCAUCUGGCAGAUUCUGACCUCACCUGGCUCAGAGAAACCAUUGAACAUAUUUCAAGCCUCUUCAGUUCACAGAUCUUGGCAGGGCAGUUGUUACUGAUCCAUGCUCCGUCUGAUGCUUACCCCACUGUGGAUGGUAUCAGGGACGAUGCCUAUCAUGGGGUAUUCUAUCCCAAGCAGAAUGUGGAUCAUGCCUUUCUCAUGAGCUUUGCCACAAACCUCUCUGAUUACUUCCUGUUAAUAGAGGACAAUGUCUUUUGUGCCCCCAACUUUGUCACCCACAUUCAUUGGAAGGUGACCACCAUGAAGUCCAACUCAUGGGCACUACUAGAAUUCUCUAAUAUGGGCUUCCUUGGCAAACUCUUCCACAGCAGGGACCUCCCACUCCUGGCCCAUUUCAUCCUCCUCUUUUAUGAGGAGAAACCCCUUGACAGGCUGAUCCCUCAUUUUCGUACCCUCCUGGUCCAGGAAAAAACAAUCCUUUGCAGACCUUUUCUCUUCUACCACAGGGUCUUCUCCUCCACCUUUGGUGAUAAACAGAAGGCCAAAGCAGUGAAGAAAAAGGACCCUGACAGUCCUCACAACCCACCUGGAACCAUUUUCACUGAUAUGAAGGUUUUUGAUAUCCACUUCCCUUGGGAGGCCUACACUCUGGAUGAGACAUUCUUUUGGACAUACAAUGUUAGUGUUGGGAACCACCUGACAGUGAUUUUGAACUAUCCAGUGAACUUGAGAAGAGUGCAAGUGAUGACAGGCUCUAUCAUAGGUGGGGAAUAUGCCCUUGAGAAGGGGCAAGUGGAGUUGGGCUAUGACCCUGAGGGGAUGCCCCAACACUGUACCAGCUUCACCAUUCUGGACCAUCUCUUAGAAGGACAGAUGGAUCGAGAGAUAGCACUGAAACAUAUGGGGUCCAGCGUGAGCUGUGUGAGGCUGGUGGUGAAAGCCAGUCAAAUUGGUGGUCUCAUGAUCAGGCAUAUCUACCUCUGGGAGGAAAAGCCAAAAAUAAGCCCAGAGUUGAAGAUAAAUCAAUAA